GGCCCUUGAUUUUCCCGCGCGAUUCCCUCCUUGCUUGCUGCGGAUCAUGGCAGAUUAUGACUCGGGCUCGUUGCCGGACUUGCUGCCGCUUUAUUACCGCCGCCUCUUCCCCUUCGGCCUUUAUGGGCGGUGGCUGCGCUACGGCGACGUGACAAAAAAUUACUUUCAGCGGCGAGAGUUUUCAUUCACGCUCCGCGAUGAUAUCUAUGUGCGGUACCAGUCUUUCAACACACCCCAAGAACUGGAGAAAGAGAUACAGAAAAUGUGUCCAUACAAAAUUGACAUUGGAGCAGUGUAUUCACACAAGCCCAUCCAGCACAACACAGUUCACAUGAGCGCUUUCCAGGCCCAGGAGAAAGAGCUGGUGUUUGACAUAGACAUGACAGAUUAUGAUGAUGUUAGAAGAUGCUGCAGUUCUGCAGACAUCUGCUCCAAGUGCUGGACUCUCAUGACUAUUGCCAUCCGCAUCAUAGAUCGAUCGCUUGUAGAGGACUUUGGCAUCAAGCACCGCCUCUGGGUAUAUUCAGGACGGAGAGGGGUGCACUGCUGGGUGUGUGAUGAUUCAGUCCGGAAGUGGUCUUCAACACUCCGCUCUGCAGCAGUGGAAUAUCUCACCGUAGUGAAGGGUGGCGGAGAGACCAUCAAGAAGGUGGUUCUACUGGAAAAUAUUCACCCUUUCAUCAGAAAAUCAAUAGACGUGAUAAAGGAAUAUUUUGAAGAAUAUGCCCUUGUUGGUCAAGACAUACUUGGAAGUAAAGAGAGCUAUGAAAAAGUGUUGGCUUUGGUCUCGGAAUCGGUCCGAGAAAAUCUUCAGACAGAAUUUCGGAAGAAAAACCACGAUUCACUCCAGCGCUGGAACAUUUUGAAAAAACAGACAAAACAACGCACUGAGUGGGAAAUCAUGCUGCAGUACUGCUUUCCUCGGCUGGAUAUUAAUGUCAGCAAAGGAAUUAACCACUUGCUAAAGAGCCCCUUCAGUGUUCACCCUAAAACAGGUCGUAUUUCGGUACCAAUUGACCUUAAGAAAGUGGAUGAGUUUGAUCCAUUUACUGUUCCCACUAUCAGUCAACUCUGCCAUGAGCUAGACACAAUUAAAAGCGACGAAGUAGAUGGAAAAGAAAACGGAGGGGAGACAGAAGGCUCCCGGAGAAUCAGGGAUUACAGGAAAACCAGCCUUGCUCCAUAUGUAAAAGUCUUUGAGCAAUUUGUAGAGGAACUGGAAAGCUCACAGAGAGGGGAGCGUCUCAAUGUUAGCGACAUGCAGAUGGAUUUCUGAGGUAUUUUUUUAUUUCCUGAUGCACAGAAAUGAUGCCCAUCUCAUCCAACCAGUUAGUUGUCGUCAACUGUAGAAAGCACUUCAUUUAUGGAACCAAACUUCAUUUACGGAACCAAACAAGGCUGACUUUUUGUUGGUUGUGCUCCAAGACCUUAACUAUAUCAACACUCACUGCCCCUCUGCAGCUAUCCCUUAAGCAUGCUUGCCCUGCCUCCUGUUUCAGUACUUUCAUUGUAUUCUACCCAUUUAGUUAACAUUUGUCAGCAUAAUGCGAUCUGGGUUAGGCUAUCACUUAAGCAAGCUUUACAGGUUAAAAACCAGAUGUAAAUAAAAUAUAAAUAGUAGUUGUCUGAUUUCAGCGAAUUAAGGUCUCUCAAAUUUUGUCUGCUGGAUUCAGUAGUUCUUAAAGGGACUUAAUUCCUGCUGCAUUCUGUCCUCCAUGUUUAAUACUGACCAAUGGCCGUGUGUCUCUGCCAAUCAAGGAAACUAGCAAACAUGAUUUCUUCACAUUCCAUCAUUGAUUUCAAAUCUAUUACAUAUUUUUAAACACCGUAUAGUUCCAUUUUUUUAUUAAAUUUUCACUCAGACAUUGCUAGGACUUUUGCUUGGGGGAGGUGGCAGGGAGACACUAUGACUUCCAUUCUUAUUCCCUGCAGUUUGCUUGCUCAUUAACUAUAGUGCCUGGGGAAUUCUGGGAAUUCUAUUCCAAAACCAGUAAAUUUUCCAAACUGAUUUCAACACAGUAAUGAUAAAGGGACUAUGUAAUAAUAAUAAUAUGUGUAAUGUAUUUGAAAUUUUGCAUUCAACCAUAGAUUAAAACAAUUAAAACAACCAGGGAAGGUAGAACAGAAACUUAAAUGGCUGUUCGUGUGACAAGCGCAGUACAUUUUUGUGCCAUUAAUGUCCAUGUAUAUUAGAACCCUCCUGCUCUGACACUGGGCUCCAUCUACACUGCCAUAUAUUCCAUUUUCGGAAUGCAGAUUAGUUGCAUUGAACUGGAUUAUAUGGCAAUGUAGACUCAGUCCAGUUCAAAGCAGUUAAUAUGCAUUCUGAAACUGCAUUAUAUGGCAGUGUAAAUCUAGCCUGGGUCCUGACUGAAUAGCUGUAGCUUAUUCAGUGCAAUAUCAUAAAAGCAGAUCUGACUGAAAUUUAAAUUUGUUUUAAAAUUGCCUCUAGUCCUUAGGCUUUCAGUUAGCAUCUUGUGAAUUCAUUGAGUGGUUUUGUAGCCUUUCCACUAACAUUUCCUAGUCAUUCAGUAACUUCUUCUGAGUGCUGUUUUAGGAUAAAUCAAUCCAGCAUAGCACUCCAAGAUGAGAGAGGGAAUUAGGAACACAAUUACAGAAAUGGGAAACACAUAUGUACCUAAUGCCAGUGGCAGCUGGUGACUUCUAGGUCAUUGUAUUUGCUCCUGGUUGGUCUACUUUGAUGGUCUGAACCUCUUUUGAGGACAGGAAUUAGUACCUUGAAUAGAUUAUUUAAACUUCAGAGUUCAUUCAUUGCCCCACUGGUAUGAAGACCAAUACCUGCUGCUGCUGCUGCUGCUGCACACUGAGGAGAGGGUAACAGGAAGCUUUCCUGUACUUAUAGGCCUCUCUUUUCUAUGCAUACUAUAUUUGUGUUCAUGGACACUCACAAGUACAGUCUUUUGGGGUUAAAGGACAUGGAUAUACUAAUACAUCUGAAAAGCAAGUGGUGGCUUACAAUUUGGCAAAUCAAUAGUAGAAUGCAGCCUUCACCUUCGUUCCACAAAAACUUGUUUCAGUAGCUCUAUUAUACAACCUUUAAAGCAAUAAUAGGAUUUGUGUGGGCCUCCAGACGUUGUUGGACUGCAACUCCUAUCAACUCUAAGCAGCAUAUCCAGUGGGUAAAGAAUAGUGGCAAGUUGGGCAACUGUCAGUAAAUAUCUGGAGGGCCUUCUGAAAAAUACAGAUAGCUAAAUGAGUGUUAUAACUAUGCUGCUGCUACAAAUGCCUCUUAUUCUCACUGUUUGCUAACAUUGCUUCUUUCUCUUAUGAGGAUUGUUACUUUUUCUUAUGAGUAAUGGGUCUCAUUUUGUCUUUUCAUCUGCUUAUAUAUAUUUAAACUGUAAUUGUCUUUACAAAUGUUUUUCUAAAUAAAAAGCUUCAUAAAUUAAA